GCUGUUUUCCACCAAAAAUACCAACUCGAGCUACUACCCCCUGCUCAAAACCCUAACCCCCACUCCGCUCUCCCCAAACACACACAGACCACAAGAAUAAAUCUUCAAAGACGCAAAAUACCCAUUUCGAUCAAUCAUGGCGACGCACUCACCAAAUCUGGAGUGUCGCAUGUACGAAGCGCGAUACCCAGAGGUUGACAUGGCAGUUAUGAUUCAAGUGAAAAACAUCGCCGACAUGGGCGCCUAUGUUUCUUUACUCGAGUACAACAACAUCGAGGGUAUGAUCUUGUUUUCGGAGCUGUCUCGCCGUCGGAUUCGGAGUGUUAGUAGUUUGAUUAAGGUUGGCCGCAUCGAGCCUGUCAUGGUCUUACGUGUCGAUAAAGAGAAAGGCUAUAUUGAUUUGAGUAAGAGAAGAGUUAGUGAAGAGGAUAUUCAGACUUGCGAAGAGAGGUACAAUAAGAGCAAGCUUGUUCAUUCUAUCAUGCGACAUGUCGCUGAGACUCUGGGUAUUGAUCUGGAGGAAUUGUAUGUCAAUAUUGGCUGGCCUUUGUACAGGAAACAUGGACAUGCUUUUGAGGCAUUCAAAAUCAUGGUGACUGACCCUGAUUCAGUUGUGGGUUCCCUCACUCGUGAAGUCAAGGAAACUGGCCCUGACGGACAGGAGGUAACCAAGGUAGUGCCUGCUGUGUCAGAGGAAAUCAAAGAAGCUUUGAUUAGGAAUAUCAGGAGAAGAAUGACCCCACAGCCACUGAAGAUAAGGGCUGAUAUUGAGAUGAAAUGUUUCCAGUUUGAUGGCGUUCUCCACAUUAAGGAUGCAAUGCGGAAAGCUGAGGCUGUUGGCAAUGCAGAUUGUCCUGUGAAAAUCAAACUGGUUGCCCCUCCUCUUUAUGUUCUCACCACACAAACCCUAGACAAGGAACAAGGAAUACAAAUUCUCAGCCAAGCAAUUGCUGCUUGCACUGAAGCAAUAGAGGGGCAGAAAGGGAAACUUGUUGUGAAGGAGCCACCGAGAGCAGUGAGCGAACGAGAUGAUAAAUUACUUGCUGAGCACAUGCUUAAGCUACGGAGUGCCAAUGAAGAGAUCAGUGGCGAUGAAGAUAGUGGUGAUGAAGAAGACACAGGGAUGGGAGAUGCUGAUGUGGAGAACUCAGCGGGCAUAGUGGAAUGAAAAAGGCAACGGAUACUGCUAUAUUUUUUUUGUUGGAAAUCAUUUUCCCAAAUUUUUUAACAAGGUUUUGGGAGCGUUGUAUUGAUGAGUUAUUUUACCAGUUUACUGAAUCAUUGAUAGUUUUUAGGAGGAUACAGAAGAAGUUACUGAUCUAACUGGUAAACAAUUUGCUCUCAUUCUCAGUGUUGCCCUGCUGCUAUUAUUCUUGUAA